AUGUCUGUGAUUUAUGGCAGCGAAGAUCUAAACUUUUUUCGGCUCACAAAAUGCGUUCAUGAUUAUUCGACGGCAGCACUGAGAAAAGUGUUCAUACAAGAAUGGAAUAAGAUUUAUGCUUCCUCUCCAUGGCAAAAUGACACUUCGAGCGGAUCACAACUGUUAGCGGAAGAGAUGCUACCGCAUCACUCUCGACUUUUUGAUCCGGUGUAUUGUAAUGAUUACCGAGAUGUCAAGAAUCAUUUGUCCAACGGGAACAUCGAAACUUGGGACAUAACUACACUAGUUUUUGCUCUAAGUUACUCGCACGCUCUUGGUCCCACUCGAGGCACAGUCUACGGGAAGAGAAUUUUAAAAGCUAUACAUCAAAUUCGAAGGGUUAGAAAUGCAAUGUCGGCGCACGCUGCAAGAGCAUCGAUAUCUCACGCCACAUUCAAGACAAGCGUGAUGACUUUAAUAACAGCUGUUCAAGGCUUGCUUUCAAAAUCUGAUCCGAUUGUUGAAAAUCUUCAGCAAAUGCUGACUGAAAGGGAAUUCAACACGAACGAACUUCUAAACUACAAAAAAUGGUUGAAAAACGAACGUGAUCACUCGCGGUCGCUUGAAAGGGUUGUGAAAACAUUAGAAGAAAAAAUUGAAGAGAGACCUGGGCACAAGAGGAAAACUCCACGGGAUGAGACUAGGAAUUUAAGUUCAGAACACCACAGAAGGAACGACGCCAAACAAUUGGCUACGACUUCUAUUGAUCAAGUGCCUUCAAGAUGGAAACUAAAAAUUUUCACCAGGGGAAGGUACAUCAGACUGAUAGAUAAAUCUAAUUCAUUAUCUUUCAAUUUUUGCUGGGAAGAUCUCGAGAAGUUUUUGCAAGGAUUUAGCGGCGAUAGGGAUAUAGAAAUAUUUGCUAAAAUCCAAGCAGCUUGCGCGCUCAACCAGCGCUCAAGAAAGGAAGACUCGCUGAAGAUGCUAGAUGGCCUGAAGUCCUCUUGCGGUUUCAACAGAGAAUACGGGUUUUUAGCACAUGCAAGGAUAAGAAUAUGUGUGGCAUUCGUUUUACAUGACAUGGGAAACGACGACGAAGCAAUGAGAGAGGCUGACGAAGCACAUAAGAUGUUAAGAGAUGGGGAAUGCUUUGAGGAUUUUGUAGAGAUACACAACGUGAAAGCAAAUAUCAUCUUAUCUAGAAGCAAGAACAGCACAGAAGAUCGCAAACUCGUUCUUUUUCAUUUGAACAGUUCACUCGAUUUUUGCGGGAAAGUCUCAGUUGAUAAGAGUGUUACCAUGGUACAAGUGACAAUGCGCAAAGCUCUGGUUCAUUUAGGUUAUUAUCAGCAUGGUAUUGCCAAAGAAGUGUCAAAAUCUGACGUUGAUGUCGCCGAGACUGUUUUGAGCCGUAUUUCAUCUCGACAAAUCGAGAGAUUGUCCGAGAGAAGCAAAAUUUACUACAACUAUUGUCAGGCAUUGCUUGCCUUCAGGAAAGGUGAUUAUGAGAAAGCAAAGAAAUUGGAACAAAGAGCAAGACGAAAAUGUGAGCUGCAGUCUCUACAUAACGAGAUACAACAGCUUGAUAUGCUGAGAAGCCUCUUCAGUGAACAAGCGGAGGAGAUAACGAGUGAGGGAGCCAACAUAUCCGGAUAACGAGCGACUAGAUUUUCAAUGAAGAGUGCACGAUAAACAGAUAACCGCCCGAACAUAACCGACGUGCGAACGAACUUCAACGAACUAGAGACUGCCUCGUGCCCAGACCUCUCCCUGCUGAAAAAAUGGACGUACAUUCGUGAACCGCCUGUGAAAGAGAAUGGGUUGACGAACUAAAAAAAUAAAAAAAAAUAAAAAAAACACAACAUACAUAGCUACAUUGAUAAAACUGAUUUCAAAAUUUUUCCUCUAAACACAAUUAUCCCCGCCAUCGCAAAUAUAACCUCACUACCAUAAAUCAAACUCAGAAAUGGUCGUUCCAUCAGAUUUACUGAAUUCUUAAAACAUUAUGGCCAGUUUUUUCAUAAUCCGUGACUGCAUUGGUGUGGCUUUCCUUCGCUCUGUGAUUGCUCCUGAAAACUGACGCCACUCUCUCAACCAAUCAGAAGCAAAGCUAAGAACAACCAGGACUUGGCCGCCCGCGUUUUCCCGCGCUUUGGGCAGCUCUCAUUGACUCUUCAAGGUAUCUUCUGAUUGGAUGCUGUAAUUACUUUGGUUUUGAUUUUACUAAACUCAAUCGAAAAACUUUCUAGACUGAUACUAUUGAUUAACCCUCUAAACCCUAAGAAUGACUAACAUCAAAUUUCUCCUACAAUAUCACCCCUGACUCACACACUGAGGUCACAAAAAUAGAGGAAGUGAUCACCAACAAAAGAAGCUUUUGAUUGGUAAACAAAUUCUCCAUGUCAGCACCUUAGGAAAUGUAUAAAAAACUGUAAGGAGAAUAUUGUUAUGGGUAAUUGUUGUUGCUUAUAGAAAUUUCCAGACUGUUGAGUCAUGCUGACUUGCAUAACGAAGAACUUUCCAGAACAUUUUAUCAAGUUACGUACUUAUUAUGUAAUACUAAAAUAGUUCUUAA